CACGACUCGAAUUUCCCCGGAUUACGCCAAAUCGAUCGAAGCUUCCGGGGUACCCCGCGCGCGACGGACUACCUAACCCAAUCUUUAGAUGAAAUAACCCGAAGCCAGGUCCUCGGGCGCAAUUCUUCCGCUGCACGAGAUCACGACAUGGAUCGACAGCAGCCAUGGCCCUUAGAGGCAGAAAUAAUAUAGACAGCCCGGCCUCCACCAUGGCCGCUGUACCGGUCUCUCCCAGCACCGCCAACCAUGAAGCUCGACACCCUCGCCCUCGCAGCCCUCGCGGCCUACGCCUCCGCAUCCGCGCUCCCGGCCUCCAAUUCUAAGAAAUCAUCUUUCAGCUGGGCGAAAACAAAAUCCGUCAUCGCUUUCGGCGACUCCUACACCUUCGUCCAGGGCCUCCGCGGCCACCCAAACUACACCUACAUCAACGACAACCACGACCUCUCCUUCACUCCAGCCGAGCUGUUCAGCAACCGCAUCGUGCAGAACCAGACCGCCACCGCGUCCGGCGGCCCCGUGUGGACUGAGUUCAUAACGAAUUGCGGCGUGAAACCCGGCCUGACCGACCCGCGCACCUGUCCCCGGCAACUCUGGGACUUCGCGUACGCCGGGAGCAACACAGACGAGGUGCUGACCCCGCUACACUGGAAUCACACCGUCAGCCUCGAGAAACAGAUUCUCCAGUUCGAGCAAUACGGCGAUCCAGCCCUCCAAAAGGUCCUGAGCCGCAAACACGCCCUCGUCGCCAUCUGGAUCGGCAUCAACGACAUCAACGACCUGGCGAAGCUGCGCGGCCGCAACGCGACCUUCGCCCCGCUCUACGAGACCGUCAUCGCCGCGCAAUCCGCGCUCUGGGCCCGCGUGCUCGCCCUCGGAUACAACAACCUGCUGCUCCUCAAUUUGCCGCCGCUGGACCGCGGGCCCAGCCCCUCCGUCAACGCCUCCCUGGUGUCGUCCUACAACAGCAUCCUCACGUCCCACGCCACCGCGUUCGCAGCCGCGCACCCCCACGCAAAUAUCCUGCAGUUCGACGCCAACCGUGUUUUGAACGGCGUCUUCGAUGACGCGGCAAGCUAUGGGUUCACGAACACCACCAGCUUUUGCCCCGGGUACAAUCAGCCCGAUGUGCAGACCAAUCCGGGGAAAUACGGGUGUGGAGAGGGGCUGGCGACGUAUUUGUGGUAUAAUUCGGGGCACUUGACGAGUCGCGUGCACGAGGUGAUGAGCGGGGUGUUGGGGACGUGGCUGGGGAGGCAGGGGCGGGCAUAGGGGGGUUAAGAUGUAGAUGUACGCAUUCGCACCACGUGUUAGCUCUCCCACCAGGAUCUCUGGUGGUGUUGGCGAAGGGAAUAUUGAGACGUUCUCUGCUUCAUCUGCUUUUCCGGCCGUUCUGAUGUCUUUUGUGCCUAUGACGCCUGUUCAUUGCGUGAUGAACAUUCUCAUCACUGUACAGGUGCUGAGGACAACCGCAACAAGGAAAUCUCUGAUGACGCAAAAGGUGUAUGCACCUUCACCCAGAUCGACAUUGUUGGCGGGACAAUGUUUUGGAUCGCGUUCUAGGGGCAGGUGCUCCUUAGACGUACCGCAAAGCCUGGAUUCAGAGCUGUUGGCUUGGUGUGGGCGAGCAGGGAGGGUUUUGACCAAAGGAAGAGUGAUGCGUCGCGGGCUUCAAGACAGGUGGCAGCACUUAGCACGUUUGAUCGCAGUAAA